GUCGAUGUGGAUCAACAUGACCUUCUCUGCGUUUGAAUGAGCGUGCUCUGAGCCGAGGCUCCGCGGUGCUGAAAGGACAGCUCCUCCGCUCUCUGACAUCUGCAGAUAUGUUCACCAGGAUGUUAAAACUGAGGCUUCUCAAUGCUGUAGCGCCUGCCUACUUCUUCAUAGCUACAGCGGUCACCUUCAUUUUACACUUCUGCUUCUUCAUCCCAACAAUCUUCCCAAACCUGAGGGCGUCUAUGGCUCUUCACACAGUUGUUUUCCUCUUCUUGAUGUUCAACGCACUAGGAAACUACAUAAUGACUAUUAAAUAUCCUGCUGAAAGCGCCAACGAGAACGUGGUUCCGGUGUGUUCGGCGCACUGCUCGGACAAAGUGGACGCACACUACCUCCUGAACGGUCGCCACUUCUGCAAACUGUGUAAGAAAGUCAUCCUUAAGAGGGAUCACCACUGCUUUUUUACUGGAAACUGCAUUGGCAACAAAAACAUGCGCUACUUCAUCAUGUUCUGCAUUUACACAUCGUGCACUUGUUUGUACUCGUUGGUUCUUGGUGUGGCCUUUCUAACAGUGGAGUUCUCCAUCUCCUUUGAGAACCCGCUGACCUUCCUGACUCUUCUCCCCCUCUCCACUAGUUACUUCUUCACAGGAACAAUCUCCGGCUUGCAGUUAUUCCUGGUGCUGAUGCUCUACGUGUGGCUGGGCAUCGGCCUGGUCUGUGCAGGCUUCUGUUGCCAGCAGGUGCUGCUGGUGGCCCGGGGACAGACCUGGUGUCAGAUGCAGAGGGGGCAGCUCGUGGAGAACCGCAGCCCUUGGAGAAACAACCUUAAGGAUGUGUUCGGUACCCGCUGGAUCCUUGGCCUUAUCCUGCCUGUGCAGACUGCGGAGACAGGCUCUGAAGACACAGAUGCACAUAAGCAAGACUGAGUGAUAACCACGUCAUAAAAAAGCUCCCAAUAGGUCACACAAGUGGCACAAGUUGUAGGAAAGGCUUUGUUGGGAUCCAUGUGGUGAUUGAUUUGAAAUACUAAAUGGAUGCUUUAUGACCUUCGCAGUAGUUUAUGAAUUUGUUGGCUGUUAGCACACAUUCCUUUAAGGACAGGAGCCAUAUAUCAAUGUGAAACUUUUGAAUAGGUGCAUAGUGUAAGUGUAUCCUUUAAGUAAGUAGCUUUUGACAAGGCAAUAUUAAGACUAAUAAGUUGGUCGUUUGGGACAUUCAUCAGUUUUACAUGCACCGCUACACACUUGCAUCAUCAUAUAAAGAUGGCUUUGCAUAAGUGCAUGCAUUCCCCGCUUUACAUUUUUAUAUCACGCUCUCGAUUUGAAGGCCUGCACCACACGGUGCUUUGAGAUUACCAAUCAAGUGUGUUGUUCUUUGUAGAAUGUGACAUUCAGGAAACGUGGGGUAGUUUUCACAACAAUAAUUUACUUUGACAUUAAGGGCUAGGAGACAAGGAAACUACAGUAUGUGUCUACAGCAUAAACUGCCGGGCUUGACACCAUUGUUUUGACAAGGAACUGUCACAUGUUGAGACAGAUUUUUACUAAAAUGAAUGUGACUCAGACAGUGCAGUGAUCUGCUCCUUUAUAAUAAUGGGUGGGGGAAAUGUAAAGAUUACCAUAGUAUUAUAUCCAGGGUAUUAUUCACAAUGUGCCAUAAACAUGUCUUAUAUGCUUACAGAUGACCCCAAAGAUGAUGUAUUCACUACACUGCUAAUGAUAGGGUCCUCUGUUUAAUAAAGAUAAUAAUAAUGUUAAUAAUAAGGACUUUUCACUGUAAGGCUGCUGCUACUGACGUAUUCAACAUCGUGUCAAAGCUGUUUUGGAUUUCAACAAAUGUACUUUUUAGAGCUAUUUUGUCUAUUCCUGUUAUACCAAUAAAAGUAUUUAAAUCUCAACAGACGUUCUGUGUUUU